AUGGAAAAUCAGCGCCGAGACGACUCGCCGUCGGGCCUGUCAGAUAUCGUCGAGGGCGACGGCAUUCUGGGCACCGGCGUGACGACUCGUCAUAUUGAAGCAUUCGGACGAAAGGUCACCACAACGGCAGGACACCUGAUAGGACCGAGCGAACAGAACAACACUCACUUUCACAAUGCCAUGACCGACAUUCACCGCGAGCUGCGGCGACCGACGGCGCAACGCAAGGUGUUUUCGCUAACACAAACAACACCGACCGACCUUAUGCGAUCGAAGCUUUCGACUACCGAGAUCCAGUCGCGUGCCCUCUCAUCCCUCCCAGACGACCUUCUCGCCAACAUCCCUGAAGAUAGCAGCUCCUACUCCCUUUUCCAAGGCUUCCAGGCCUCUGUUCCGGAAGAUGAACCCGAGAAGAAGCGACACCGGAGGCGUAGCUCGAAAAUGCUCAAGGAUAGCGAAAGAGGCGGGUCCUUGACAGCUGGCCCGGCCGGGUUGAAGGACCAGCGGAAAUCGCUAAGUCGCAAGCUGGACUUGAUGGGUAUCCGCAAGAAUAUGUGCAGUGCGGAGAUACAUGAGAUCGAUAAUAAGGUCGCUAAUUUGCACAAGAUGCGCAAGAUCGUUCUGGAUCGAUUGGCCGGCUUAGAAAUGGACGAGGCCGCAUUGGAGCAUGAAUUGACCGAACUCGAUGUGAAGCUCGAGGAGUUCCAAGAAGAAGGAUCCCAGGACACACCAGUUGCGGCGACGCCGCAGUCUGAAGAGCAGGAUGAAUCUACUGGGUCGUCAAGCGAUCCGGCCAUGGAAGCUUCAUUCAUGUCAGAGUCGAUAUAUGACAAGUUGCCCUCACCUUCACCAAAAAGCCUACGGCACCGAUCACAACGAAAACGGUCUAUGCCCAUUCUACACGAACACUUUGCUCCAGGGUCUUUGAUUAAGGAAAUAGAAGCGCAUACAGAUAUGGUCACCGCAAUCGACUUCGACUAUCCGUUCGGCACAAUGGUCAGCGCCGCGUUGGACGAUACUGUCCGAGUUUGGGAUAUGAACGUUGGCCGAUGCUCCGGUUUCUUGGAAGGACACCACGCCUCUGUUCGAUGCUUGCAGGUAGAGGAUAACAUUGUGGCAACGGGAUCUAUGGAUGCGUCAGUCAAGCUGUGGGAUCUGAGCCGCGCUCGGCCCACGACACGGGACGGACGUCUCAACAAGCACGAGCGUGACCAAGAAGAACACGAUUCUCCGGUACCGCCAUCCUCCAAUUUGGAAGACUGCAAUGUCUUCUCAUUAGAGGCACAUGUGGACGAGGUGACUGCCCUUCACUUCCGCGGUAAUACCCUCAUUUCGGGUUCCGCGGAUAAAACCCUCCGACAAUGGGAUCUGGUCAAAGGACGUUGCGUACAAACAUUGGAUGUCUUGUGGGCGGCAGCUCAGGCAUCUUCCACGAUGUCGGGAGAGUCUGACUGGCGACCAUCGGGCCGCAUGCCCGAUGCUUCUGCAGACUUUGUCGGCGCAGUGCAAUGCUUUGAUGCCGCACUAGCAUGUGGUACAGCUGAUGGAAUGGUUCGUCUCUGGGAUUUGCGUAGUGGACAUGUUCACCGCAGUCUUGUAGGCCAUACCGGACCAGUUACAUGUCUUCAAUUUGACGAUAUGCAUCUGAUCACGGGCAGUCUUGACCGCAGUAUUCGGAUCUGGGAUCUGCGUAUGGGCUCCAUCUACGACGCUUAUGCCUACGACAAGCCCGUUACCAGCAUGAUGUUUGACUCCAAACGCAUUGUAGCCGCCGCCGGAGAGAACGUGGUCAAGGUCUAUGACAAGGCCGAUGGCAACCACUGGGACUGCGGUCCAGGUGUCGGCAUCGACGAUGAAGGUCCAUCCCCAGCGACCGUCGAGCGUGUUCGUCUGAAGGAUGGUUACCUUGUGGAGGGCCGCAAAGACGGCACCAUGGCUGCCUGGACGUGCUAG